AAAUCCUUGGUAACAGUGUGUGUGAGAGAGUUUUAUUGCUUCUCCUGCCAUCAUGCUCAAAGCUAUCACCAAGACAAACCUCAGGACGUUGUCAUGCGUGAUCCAGAGGUUUCAGAGUACCCUGGUUGUUGCGGAGCACAACAAUGAGACCUUGACGCCUAUCACCCUCAAUGCCAUCACAGCAGCCAGCAAACUUGGUGGGGAGGUGUCCUGUCUCGUGGCUGGAACAAACUGUGCUAAGGUGGCAGAGCAGCUUUCACAAGUUGAGGGUGUGAAAAAGGUUCUGGUUGCACAGCAUGAUGUCUAUAAAGGAUUGUUACCAGAGGAGCUGACACCUCUCAUCCUGGCAACCCAGCAACAAUUUAAUUUUACACACAUCUGUGCUGGAGCAUCUGCUUUUGGGAAGAAUCUUCUUCCCAGAGUGGCUGCCAAGCUGGAUGUUGCUCCAAUCUCUGACAUCAUUGAGGUCAAAUCCCCUGACACUUUUGUGAGGACAAUUUAUGCAGGAAAUGCCCUUAGCACUGUCAAGUGUAAUGAGAAAGUCAAGGUCUUCACUGUAAGAGGGACCUCUUUCGAAGCUGCUAAACAGGGAGGUAGUGCGACAUCAGAACAAGUGUCUCCUGCAUCUCCUGUUGGCAUAACUGAGUGGGUGGAGCAGAAUCUGACCAAGAGUGACCGGCCCGAGCUAACCAGUGCCAAGGUUGUUGUGUCUGGAGGCAGAGGUCUAAAGAGUGGUGAAAACUUCAAGCUGCUUUAUGACCUGGCUGACAAGUUAAAUGCUGCUGUUGGUGCCUCCAGAGCUGCAGUAGAUGCUGGAUAUGUCCCCAAUGACAUGCAGGUUGGACAGACAGGAAAGAUUGUAGCUCCUGAGCUGUACAUUGCAGUUGGAAUUUCUGGAGCGAUUCAGCAUCUUGCAGGAAUGAAGGACAGCAAGACUAUUGUUGCCAUCAACAAGGAUCCUGAGGCCCCGAUCUUCCAGGUUGCCGAUUUCGGCUUGGUGGCUGAUCUAUUUAAGGCUGUCCCUGAGAUGAUUGAGAUUCUAAAGAAGUGAAGUUCAUUACUCAGCUUCUAAGUGGAACACACUCAGAACCCUCAUCUGUAACUGUGCUGGACACUUGCCUUAUGAAUGAGCUAGGAAAUUUCACUCUUCCUUUACGAUGCACACAUCAAUCCCUUAUUUAUGUGGGUAAAGUUUUCAGGAGUCUACGUGUCAUGUUACCAUUUCUAAUAACAUCAUAAUGUGGUCAGAAUAUUAAUGAUCUCAGAUCUAAUUUGUCAGUAGCAUUAUAAUUUUGGCCUCAACUCAGUGUGUAACUGUGACACACACUAGCCAUAAAUAAGUAAUAAAUAUCAACUCUCAACAGUCAAUUUUUAGUUUGAUUUUUAUUUAAAGGCCGCUUCAUGAAAGAAAAAUGUGAUACAUGUUUUUUAAAGCAGUUUUAAAUUGCUUUCCCUAAUGGACAUGCUCCUGCGUUUCACUGCAGUUAGACAAAGUAAGCUAAUUUCACAUUUAAUUAUCUAGUCUGGACUUACAUGUUGGAAUAAAUCAUUUAAAUAAACAGAAAUCUGUUUUGCAAAACAA